UGAGCUCCAGCGGAGACUUGGGUGGGCAGCGUGCCCGUCGCUUCUCGAGCAGCAGGGAGCGAGCGCUGGUGUACUCCAAGAUGCUCGACCUUGUCUCAGAGCCCCUGAGGGUGAAGCGACUGAAAUCCUACAAGUCCAACUGGAGGAAGGAGCCGCGGCCAGCACUCGCCAUCGAGUAUCGCAAGUGGGACAACCUGAACGAGCAGGUCGCGGGCUGGACGCCAGCGCUCAAGUACCAGGCGAGAACGCCAAGCGAGUCCUGGGUGCAGAUCACAUCGACGGCACCGUUCAAGAUCGGAUCUCGCUUGUCUGCUCCUCCUCCGCUCCCUCCCGGGCCUGAGCCGAUGACCGCCAACUCGAUGCUGAAUCAGUCGCUCAAGGAAGACCGGAAGAAGUCCAAACUCGUGCUCAAGGGCACCGAGACGGCGAAGCUCUCUCGGCGAUACGUAUCCCAGGGCCUCUAUGAACGAGCUCUCAAGUGCGCGGAGCAGAGCGUCGAGUGUUUCCAGCAGGCAGGGCAGCAGGGGCAGGCGAGCGCGGUCUUACACCCCCUGCCGUACGUGCAGGAGCUGAUCAAGCUCAGCAUGGACCGGAUGCUCUCGAGCGCCCAGGAAGCGCUGAAUCGCUUGGAGUUCGACAAAGCCUCCUCCUACAUCCCCCGCCUGCUGAGCGCGUGCGAAUGGCUGGACCAGAGGGGGGUGGUGUACCCCGCAGCCAAGGAGCUCUCUACGCGACAGCUGAGGCUGGGGAUGCGGGGCCAGGGGAUGCCGCAGGGACGGGAAGCCAUCGGAGUGCUGGCUGACCUCAUCCUCGACAAGACCUUCGCCAAGGCCUCCCAGCUCGAGACCGACGCGCUGCUGCGCUACUUCGCCAACCUCAACCCGAGGGAGGUGGACGAGGAGGAGCUGGCGGCGCUGGAGGAGGAGCCGGAUAAGGUGUUUGUGAACCGCCUGCCCGAGCAGCUGGUGUGUGACGGGAGGACGUACGUGCUCGUGAUCGACCUCAAGCCCGCGGUGCUCCCGGACACGCUAAGCAUCGGCAUGCAGAUCGAAGUGCGGGGGGUGCGGACGCUUAACUCCGGGUACCAGGACGAGGGGAGGACGUGGAGGAGCGGG